AUGAAUCAUAGAAUAAAAACUUUUUUGUAUAUUUGCAAAUCAAAAGAUAAUGUAAAUUAUAAAAAGAGAGUUAUAAAAAAAUUUAUAAUAAAAAAAAAGACAUUACAUAAAAAUGUAACAAUACAAUACGGAUUAUAUGAUUGUAAAACAAGAGAUGUUUUAGUAAAAAAGGAAUGGAAUAUUAGCAAUGUUUUAAAUAGGGGAAAAAAAGAAACAAAUAAAAAUGAUAAUGAUAAAUAUGUUGUAGAUAGGUAUAAUGUGGAAAAUGAAAAAAUAAAAAAAAAAGACAAAAUUGUAGAUUCUAAAAAUUGUUCAAAUAAGUGUAUAAACUAUAAAGAAGAAAAAUUUAAUGGCUCAUGGUCUUAUAUUGUGUUUCUAAAAAAAAUCUUUAAAAACAUAGAAAAUGGAGAAAAUACAACUAUCAUAAAUUCUGGUGUAGAUACUAAGAAAAAUGAAAAAAAUGUAUUUUUUUAUGGAUCUAUAUUCAAUAAAUAUUUAAGAAAAGAAAAUAAAAAAGGUGAAGAAAAAACCCCAAAAAGUGAUAAUUGUGAAACGGAAUUUAUACACAAACAUGGAAAAAUAAAAAAAGAAAGUAAUAAGAGAAAUAUAAAAAAUGGUGAAAAAAAAAAAUAUAAUAAACAGGGGAUAAUUAUAGACAUAUAUGAUUAUAUAGAAAGGAUGAAAAGGGAAGAUUUAAAAAUAUCUAUAUCAUCAUGGAUAUACAAAAAUUACAAAAUUGUUGACAUUAUAAAAAUGAUAUUAAAAAAAGGAAAAAAUAGUAGCCAUAAAUACAUGAUAAAAGAUAAUAUUUGUCAUAGAUGUUUUAUUAAAAAAUAUAUAGAUUAUCCUAAUAAUAAUAAAAUUAAAGGGUGUAUAAAUUAUCCACAAAAAAAGAUAAUAUAUAAUAAGGAAGAUUUAAUUAAAUGUGUAAAAUAUAUUAGUAAAAAAAUUGUAAAAAUUCUUAAAAAUUCAGAAAUUAUUAAUAUUUGUUUUGUUUUUAAAUACAAUAUUAUGAUAGGAUUCCAAAAUACAUGUAUUUAUUUAAUUAAUUUUCCACAAUGUAAUAUAAAAAAAAAUAGAAUUUUUUAUAAUGAUAAUAAUGAAAAAACAUUAUUAUUUUUAUUUAAUAAAAGAAUUGUAAAAUCAAUAAAAAGUGUUAAUGAUUAUUCAAGUAUUAUAUUUCCUUUUAGCAUUUCGAAAGAAUGUCAAAAACCGAUUUAUUUAAAAAAAAAAAUGAUAUCUUAUAUAAAAAAUGUGAAAUUUAAAAAUGGAGAAAUGGCGAAACAUGAAAAAUAUAAUAAAAAAGGAAAUAUAUUUAACAGUUUUGACGAAAGUUGUAAAAGUGAUAAAUAUUCUAUAAGUAGUAAGUAUAAAAAAAAUAAUGAAACAAAAUUCGAAGGCAAGGUUAGCAAAAAUCACAAUAAAAAUCACAAUAAAAAUAUAGAAUGGGGGAAAAGCAAGAAGGAAGACAUUUUAAAAAAGUAUUCAAAAAGAGAAAUAAUUUUUCAUAUGCAUCUUUUUGAAUUAUUAAUAAGACUUGUAUUUGAAAAGACAAAAACAUAUUUUGUUUUUUUUAUAAAUAAAAAAACAUAUAAUUUAGAUUUUUAUAAAAAUAUAUAUUAUUUAAAUAUGUGUAAAAUAGUUAAUAUAAGAAUAUGUGGUAAAGAUCGAGUUAAAAAGGAAAAUAAAAAAAAAGAAUGUGAAAAAAAAGAAUGUGAAAAAAAAAAAAUUUUAGAAAAAUUAAGAGAUGAAAAUAAUAAUUAUAAAAAGAUAAUAAAUGAAAAAGAUAAACUAAUAACCAAUUUAGAAAAUGAAAUAAAUGAAAAAAAUCAAUUAGUGUCAAAUAUAAAAAAUGAGUUUGCAAAAUAUAAAAGUGAAAAUUCAGAAAAAAUAAAAACCGAAAUUUUAAAAAGAAAAGAAUCUAAAUGUAUUAUAUCCAAAAAUGAUUCUACUAUUAUCACUAAUAAUACUAAUCAACAAUUAUUAAAAAAUAAUAAUUAUAUUAAAAAAUUAUAUAAUGAAAAUAACUUAUUAAAGGAGAAAAUAAAAAAACUAACAAAAUCAAAUGAUGAGGAUGUAAAUACUAACCAUGAUAAAAAAAUAUCGGAUGUGACAAAAUUAUCUAAAUUAUGUUUAUAUGAAAAUGAAGAGAAAAAAAAAGAAACAGAGAAAUGUGAUAAAUUAAUUUUUUAUCUUAAGGCAUUUUUAGACACUGAACAAAAGUUAUAUAAAAAGGAAAUAGAAAGCUCUUUCGAUUUUAUAUACUCAGUUUGUGAGGAUAUACAAACGAAAAAGGAGAAAAUAUGUUUAACUAAUAGAAUAAAUAAAUUACAGGAUUGUAUAAAUGAUUUUUUAAGCCACUUGAAUAAAAGUACUAAAACAGAAGAAACAUAA